AGCACAGACGAAAGAUUUACCCUUUAAUAACACCGAUUCGAUAGAUUUUUAUGACCAAAGUAUACGUUUUUACGCUUUGAAUCAUGUCUACUCCGGCUAGAAGACGACUUAUGAGAGAUUUCAAAAGGGAACAGUGACAUGAUUCAAAUGGGACUCUCAAUUGGUAACAGCCCCAUGUAGUAGCCUUUCCGUUGUCACGGGGAUUACAGUAAAUUGGGUCAGUGGUGUUCUCUGGAGAGACUGUUUUUGUAGAUCCAACUACAAGUCUCACCUGGUGCGUGAAGACUUCAAGAAGACCCCCCAACUGGCGUGAGUGGUGCUCCAUCAGAGAAUAACAUCAUGAUGUGGAAUGCUGUUAUUUUUGGGCCUGUGGGUACACCAUUUGAGGAUGGAACUUUUAAGCUUGUGAUAGAAUUUUCAGAAGAGUACCCUAACAAGCCACCCACGGUUCGAUUUAUCUCCAAAAUGUUUCACCCAAAUGUCUAUGCAGAUGGAAGUAUAUGUUUAGACAUCCUUCAGAAUCGUUGGAGCCCCACAUAUGAUGUGUCGUCCAUUUUGACGUCUAUCCAGUCCCUGUUGGAUGAGCCGAAUCCUAACAGUCCAGCCAACAGCCAGGCUGCACAGCUUUAUCAAGAAAACAAGCGGGAGUACGAGAAGAGAGUUUCUGCCAUCGUGGAGCAGAGCUGGGUAGACUCCUAACACAUCUCCCCCCCCCACCCCCUCAUCACUCCUAUCAAAUGCUUCAAUCGGUCAUUUACCUCAUCAAGAAAAUAAGUCGACAUCAGAAGAACUUAAGUGCCACCAGAAAGAGAAAGUAGGGACUUUUACUUGCUUGCCAACACAUUUGAAGAAAAUCAAUCUGAUACUUCUGUUCUUGUUCCAAUUUUUUAUUGCAUGAUGUGAAAUAAGUUAUUGCUAACAGAAUUUGUAAUAUAUAUUUUUUUGUUGGA